CUUGUAUAUGCGUUUUAAAAAUGCAUUUUACGUAGCAGGCCAUCUUGUAAUUUUACAUAGCAAAUCCACGAAAAUAGAAAAUAGUUUUAUACAUAACACACAGUUAUGUGCGCAUGACAGAACCACGAAGAGGGACUUAUUUUGUGGUACACAUUUCCUGUUUCCUAGCAACGAGCAGGAAGUAUGUGGAAUGGGAUGGAAGAAAAAAGACAAUCAAAGAAGACUGGUCUUUUAGGAAUAUAAAUAACUUUGUGCACUCAUGUUGUACCUGCAUCCAUUAUACCACAGAAAGUAAAUUAAUAUUCAAUGGAAUGGUACUAAAUUGAUCCCAUUCUUGUGCAGCCUUCCUAUUUGGACCUUACAAUGAAUGUAAGCGCUUGUGAUAUGGAGGAUCUGGGAAUCUGAUGUAUUUCCCCCACAAUUAUCUAGCUCAAAUAUUUACAGUACUAUACUGUAAUGGCCAUGCAAGAGCCUGGCAGGACUAAAGGCUUCCCUUGCAAACACUGUGGCAUAGUGUGCUCCAACAUGCCAAGCCUUCUGGAACACAUGGAUAGUCACUUCCAGCAAGAAGAAGAUCGCAAGUUCAAAUGCGAUGAAUGUGGCCGAUGCUACAGGCAUGCAGGUAGCUUGGCUAACCACAAGAAAACACAUGAGUUGGGUUCUUUUCAAUGUCCAAAAUGUGCUAGGAAGCUCUCAAACCCUCUGGCCCUGAAGAGCCAUCUGCGCAUCCACACAUCACAGAAGAAGUACUCCUGCAUGGACUGUGGGAAGGCCUUUAGGCUAGCUACUCAGCUGGCCACACAUCAAAAGGUCCAUCUCUCUGGGCAAUCAAAGAGGAGAGCCAGUUGGAAGGCCACUACAGAAUAUUCUCCAAUUGAGAAUAGUGAUGAAGUUGAAGAUCAUGAUAACUUUGAAAAGCCGUUGAUCUUGGUGGCUGACCAGCAAGACACGGGGAUGGAUAUUGUGUCUGAUAAUAACCUUAGCCAAGAGGAGGCAGAGGUUAUCCCCAACUCAGCAUAUUAUUGUGAAAACCUAGGCUUUGAAGCAGGGGAUCGACCUUUCAAAUGUGAUCAGUGUGAAAAGUCAUAUAGACACCAUGGAAGCCUGAUCAAUCAUAAGAAGUCUCACCAGGUAGGGAUGUUUGAGUGCCCUAUCUGUUUCAAGCAGUUCAAUAAUCUUGCUGCUCUCCAUAGUCACCAGAGAACCCACAACAAGUCCAAAAGUGGGCCAGACAUCCAUUCCUUGGAAGUCACUUACGCAGGCAGAGCACCAGAGCAGUUUUCACCCCUGAACAGGGAUGCUCCAGUGCAUUUCUGUCACCUGUGUCAAGUGACGUUUCCUAAUGAUGAUGAGUUCCAGGAACACAUCCGAAAGCAUAAUUCUUCCUCUAUGUCCUUUGGGCACGAUCAAGGUUUAUCUGAGGAUCAUCAUGACUCUUAUAACCUUAGUGUCACUCCUUCUCCUGACUCAAACUUUUAUUCACCACCUCUAAACAAUACUCCAUUGAUGGAUCAUCAAGGGGAGCAGAUCAAUGAUAUUGAAAUAUACUCUGACCACUCCAGUAACAAAUCCACCUUGAAUACUCAGGGAGAGCCCUUAAUCUUGGAUUCAGAGAUUCCUGCUGACGAUCUAAGUAAGGCAGAAAAGUCCUCAGUUACAGAAAACGGUGAGCGCCGCUUCAAGUGCCAGGUCUGCGGCAAAAGCUACCGGCAUGCCGGGAGUCUCAUCAACCAUAAGCGUUCUCAUCAGACAGGCAUUUACCAGUGUUCCAUCUGCCGCAAGACUUACCCACACAUGGCUGCCCUCCGCAGCCAUGUCCGCAUCCACAGGGCCCAUCCGUCCUCCUUUAACCUCGGCUCUGAAGGAGACUGGCUCUCUUCUGAGCCCCUAACGCUGGAGAACCAGCAGGCCUGCUUUUCCUCUCAGGAGGGAGAUGCUAGCAAUAUGAUGACUCUCGCUCAGGAGAACACGAGUGAACACGGCAUUGGAGGAUCAUGCCAUGUGCAGUUUGACUCCGCCUUUCCCCAGGACAGAACUGUGCACCUACCUCACAAUGAACGCCUGAUGGAGAGUCACAUGUGUGCAGACUGUGGCGAAACAUUUGCAGACAUCGCAGGAAUCAAAUUGCACAUAUGCCCCCUGCUACAACCGCAGCAAGAGGCCAUUUCAAAUGACUAUGACAGUAACUUAAACUUCUUGGACACUAAUGGCCGAUGCACCAUGGGAAAUCCAGGGGAUCAUGUAGAGUUCCAGGGACUGAAUGGCAGCCCUAGACAAAGGUACUGUGGUGAACAUGACUUCCAUGAAGGCCUGAAUGGGGAGCAGUUAAAUGGUGAUGGCAAAGAAGAGGAUGAAGAGGAUGAUGACGGAGAGCUCUAUCAGUGCUCAGCGUGUGGGAACCGCUACACAAGCAUGAGGGCUCUGAGGAGUCAUCUUCGUGGCCACACUCAAUCCCAUGGUACUCCUACAAGCUCCGGCCCCUCCAUGUCCUCCCUAGAGGCUGAAAAAGAAGAGGACCCUGGAAAGAGACAUCAGAUGGAUGGGGGUCUGAUGAUCUGCAGUACUUGCGGAGAGAGUUUUGCCAAGAAGCAGGACAUGCUUGCCCAUCAGCUCAUACAUAAUAAAGCACAGGCAGAUGAUGCUAAACACAUACAUAUGGACAAUAGUAAUGGAACUAGGCACAAAGAGGUGGACAGCAGCAUCUGUGGAAAGUGUGGUAUAUUUUGCACCAGUUACCAUUAUCUUAAGACCCAUCAAUGUACAACAAAUGGGAAAAGUGAAUCUGCAAACGGUGUUGAAAAAAAUGAAAUGGGCGGCUCUGUCAACGGUAAAGAAUUAGGACACAUGAAAGAGAAUUUAUACAAUGGGGAUCGCCAGUACAAGUGUGAUCAGUGUGGAAGAGCAUACAGACAUGCUGGCUCCCUUCUCAACCAUAAAAAGUCCCACAAAACUGGAGUGUUCCGCUGCAUGGUUUGCCAGAAGCGCUUCUACAAUCUACUGGCCCUUAAGAACCAUCAGAGGACCCACUUUGAUGUUAAGAGACAUACUUGCAAUGAAUGUGGGAAGGCAUUCAAGAUACAGAAGCAACUAUUGAACCACCUAAGAAUUCACAAGGAGAACCAUGCCAAAAUACAGGAGCUCAACAACCAGAUUCAGGCCGUCAUGCAGAUGAAUGGCACGAGGUCAGAGGGAGGAAUGCGCUUGCUUGAUGCACCAGCCAAUCAAGCCACCACCACCCAGAAAAAGCGUAGGCCAACCCUUAACAGAAAGAAACCCAGUGUGGAGGAGGGGGCUCAGACUGGAGUCAAAUCAGUGGAAGCAGGCGACCCUCGCCCCUACUCCUGUGACCAAUGUGGGCGAACGUAUCGACACGCAGGAAGUCUGGUCAAUCACAAGAACUCCCACAAGACAGGUGAAUACUACUGUUCUGUUUGUAACAACACCUACUCCAACCAGCUGGCUAUGAAGAACCACCUGCGCAUCCACUUCUCAGUUAAAAAGCACAGUUGUCAAGACUGUGGUAAGGCCUUUAGGGGAAAGAAGCCGUUGUCUAGCCAUAUUUGUGCACACCUCAGAAAGGAUAUGCCAGGUGGGGUCAGGGGAAGAGGUCGCAGACGAGCAAGAAACGUUAAAUGUAAGCAGUGCAGACAGAUGUUUAUAUCUGCUGACCAACUGACAGCCCAUACCUGUGGGUCACUGGCAAACUCAUCAGAGGGCAGUGAUGGACAAACGAGUAUGUCCUUGAAAAGGGAGGAGCGACCAUUCGCCUGCAUCAUCUGCAAUCGCAGCUACCGCCACGCAGGCAGUCUCCUGAAUCAUAAAAACACUCAUAAGUCUGGCCACUUCAGCUGCACUUUCUGCUCCAAGCCCUUCUCUAACCCCAUGGCGUUACGCAACCACACACGAAUCCACACACAGAAGAAGAAGCAUGUCUGCCUGACCUGCGGGAAGGCGUUUCGGUUGGCCAGUAUCCUCCAUAACCACCAGAAAGUCCACACCAGGGUGGCCAACCACUUCAGCUGCCCAGAAUGUGGCAAGACCUUCCAGGGCAAGUCUGGGCUGAAGAGGCACCGCUGCCGGGGGGGUCAGGAUGACUUGGCUAGAGCUUGUGACAGCUAUCAUAGAGAGAGUGGAGACAAGUGCUUCAGGUGUGACCUCUGUGGACGCUCAUACCACCAUGCUGGCUCCCUACUCAACCAUAAAAAGACGCACUCCGAAAACCUCCACCACUGUACCUUGUGCCUCCAGACUUUCCCUGACCCCCUCGCCCUCCAGAUCCACUCCCAGAUGAAGCGCCACUGCUGUCCAGACUGUGGCAAGACCUUCUGUCUCAUCUCGCACCUGCAGAACCACAUGGAGGUGCACUCCAAGGACCGCACCCUGGUCUGCAGCCCCUGCCAUCAGAGCUUCCCCAACCCAGCCAGGUACCAACAACACCAGGAACUGCACCACCGGGCCCAAGGGCAUUAUCAACAACACAUGCAAAUGGAGGAUGACCUAGGCUGGGAAUCGGGACUAGACCAAACCAUGGAGCUCCAAGGCAUCCCCAAGCUGGUACCGGCGUUUGCCCACAUGCACGGUGGCAUGCCCGACCAGCAGGAGAACGAGGCGCACUGUAUAGGGGAGAAGAGUCACGUGUGUGAGCACUGCGGCCGCACCUACCGCCAUGCAGGUUCCCUCCUCAACCACAAGAACAGUCACAAGACCGGCUCCUUCUUCUGCUCCGUGUGCCAGAAGGAGUUCACCAACCUGAUGGCGCUGAAGAACCACCGGCGCAUCCACACGGAGCCCAAGCGCUACCAGUGCCUGGAGUGCGGCAAGGCCUUCCGCGUGUCCACCCAGCUCAUCUGCCACCGGAGGAUCCACACCAAAGAGAAGCCCUUCUCCUGCCUGCUGUGCGACAAGCGCUUCUCCAGCAAGUCAAACCUGCGCCACCACCAGAAGAUGCACCAGAGUGGUGGCCAGGACUACGAGUCCUCCUUCGGCAUGGAUACAAACAGUUUUAUGGACUUGGACAUGGGCUCUUUUCUCUGAGCCAGGACUCCGUGUCAAAUACUUACUAUAUUAUUCUCCCCAUUCACUGGACCCCUAUCAGUAAUUGUAAAGUGGCGUGUUCCACAAAGCCCCAGUAGAGACAGCGUUUACUCUUGAUGUUGAACUCUUCAAAGCUGCCUCACAAACAUUUCUUUUUCUGAUUAUGCUUUGGUCAUACACUUUUGGAGUGGUAGAAGGAUUUCCGAUCUUACCUCUAGCAGGGAUUGUGGUACUGUUAAAAUUUCCAGACAGGCACAGGCGACAGUGUCUGUCAAAUCUUUAUAAGAUUGUUUUCGCAUGGAGUGCACAUUGUCAUUGAAUCGUUUAACCUCUCUGGGGUAUGUGGGACGCUAGCAGAGCGCCAAAUUCAAAACAACAAAUCUCAUAAUUCAAAUUUCUCACACAUACAAGUAUUAUACACCAUUUUAAAGAAAACUUCUCAUUAAUCCAACCACAGUGUCCGAUUUCAAAAAGGCUUUACGGCGAAAGCAUAACAUUAGAUUAUGUUAGGACAGCACCUAGACAAGAAAAACCACACAGCCAUUUUCCAAGCAAGGAGAGGCGUCACAAAAAACAGAAAUACAGCUAAAAUUAAUCACUAACCUUUGUCAAUCUUCUUCAGAUAACACUCCCAGGACUCAAUGUUACACAAUACAUCUAUAUUUUGCUCGAUAAAGUUAAUAUUUAUAUCCAAAAACCCCAUUUUUACAUUGGCGUGUAAUGUUCCGAAAUGUUUUGCCUCCAAAACUACCGGUGAAUGAGCACAUCAAUUUACAGAAAUGCUCAUCAUAAAUGUUGAUAAAAUACAACUGUUAUGCGUAGAAUUAAAGAAACUUCUCCUUAACGCAACCGCUGUGUCAGAUUUCAAAAAAGCUUUACAGCGAAAGCACACCUUGCAAUAAUCUGAGUACAGCGCUCAGUCACCAAAACAAGCCAUACAGAUACCCACCAUGUUGUGGAGUUAAAAGUCAGAAAUAGCAUUAUAAAUAUUCACUUACCUUUGAUCAUUAUCGGAAUGCACUCCCAGGAAUCCCAGUUCCACAAUAAAUGUUUGUUUUGUUUCGGCAAAGUCCAUAUUUAUAUCCAAAUACCUCCUUUUUGUUCGCGUUCAGUUCACUAUUCCAAAUGCAAAAUGCGUGAGCACUAAGUUCAGACAAAGUCAAAAAAGUUAUAUUACAGUUCGUAGAAACAUGUCAAACGAUGUAUAGAAUCAGUCUUUAGGAUGUUUUUAUCAUAAAUCUUCAAUAAUAUUCCAACCGGACAAUUCCUUUGUCUUCAGAAAUGAAAAGGAACUCGGCUCACUCUCACGGGCUGUGCGCGUGACUGAGCUCAUGCCAUUUUUCUAGACACCUGAUUCCAAUAGCUCUUAUUCUCUCCCCAUUCACAGUAGAAGCAUGAAACAAUGUUCUAAAGACUGUUGGCAUCUAGUGGAAGCCUUAGGAAGUGCAAUAUGACCCCACAGACACUACAAACCUCAGAUUUCCCACUUUCUGCUUGGAUUUUUCUCAGGUUUUCGCCUGCCAUAUGAGUUCUGUUAUACUCACAGACAUCAUUCAAACUGUUUUAGAAACUUCAGUGUUUCCUAUCCAAAUCUACUAAUAAUAUGCAUAUCCUAGCUUCUGGGCCCGAGUAGCAGGCAGUUUACUCUGGGCAUGCUUUUCAUCCGGACGUGAAAAUACUGCCCCCUACCCUAGUGAGGUUAACGCUAUAGGAGUGAGAAUUAUUGGACCAUCUUCCAUACUGACUGUAUCAAUGUCCUCGACAGUCAAUUUCCCAACCAAAGUGAACUGACGUAACAGAACUGCUUCAGCUCAGUUCCUGCAUGUGAGCUUGAUUUACACAUUAAUGACUCAUAUUUUUAUGAGAAAAGUGCUGUUCAGAAAUGGUCAUUUCCUCUCGCUAUCUAUUACUGUGUUCAGUGCCUCCGUAGGUUCAAUUCUCUGCCCAGCUUAUCAAAAGUGCGGACUGUUCUCAAUAUUUUGCUAUAGGUUAGAGAAAAGUGAUCAAUUUGACCUUUUCUGAUGUGGCUUCACUAAGGAUGACCUCCUAGUCUUACCCAGAGGAUGAUAUCAAAGGUAUUUACUGAAAUCAUGUAAUCAAGUUGGUGGUAAUCAAAUGGUUUUAGUGAUGGUGAUAUUUGGGUACACCUUUGAGUGACAUUUGUAUGCUAAAUGGACAUACUUAAUUAUUUAUUCCUGUUCUUUUGACUUAUUUUCUAUUUUUCUGUGUGUACUUUGAUAUAUCACAGUUUCUAUGAAUGCUACCUUGACUCUUAAAAAAUAUCCUAUGUAGCAUUUAAGGAAAUUCCUCAAUCUGUAAUUCCAUUCUCAAUUGGUGUGACUCCAACACAGGUAGGAAUGCAUUAGCCAAGGACAGUGGUCUUGCCAGCACUGUGGUUUUGCCACAUUAAAAUGUCUGAUGUGCAAAGCAUUCUAGAUAAUUAUCCAUG